AUUCUCGUCGCCGCCAAACUGCUCAACAUCAUGGCCCCUAUCAAGGUCGGUAUCGUGGGCUACGGCUUUGCCGCCAAGAAUUUCCACCUACCAUUCAUUCGUGCCAUUCCCGACUACGAGGUUGCCGCAAUUCUCCAAAGGGCAGAGGCGCCGUCAGAUCCCGCGUCCGCACCAAAAGGCUCUCACUGCACUGUUGACUUCCCUGGCAUUAAACACUACAGGACGGCCGAGGACUUCUUUGCCGACGCCGACAUAGGCUUUGUAGUCGUCGCUACCCACACUGACACCCAUGCCUCCUUCGCGGAGCAGGCGUUGAAGGCCGGCAAGCAUGUCAUUGUUGAUAAGCCGUUCGCCAACUCAUCCGAGGAGGCGGACAAGGUGAUCGAACUUGCCCAGCAGAAAGGGCUGAUUGUCACCUGCUUCCAAAACAGAAGAUAUGAUGGUGAUUUCAAGACAGUAAGGGAACUCUUCGAGAAGAAUGCCUUCGGCGAGAUCACCGAGGCCGAGAUUCACUACGAUUUUGACAGAGCUCCAUGGCUGCACUAUUUGACCGCGAAAAAGUACACACCCGGAUCCGGGCUUACUUUUGGCCUAGGAACACACAGCAUCGACCAAGCUUACGUGCUGUUCGGGCGCCCCGUAUCAGUCACAGCUUUCUAUCGGGUCCAGCGUGGCCUGGAGAGCGAGGUAGAGGACUCAUUCACUCUCGUACUGCAGUAUGAUGGCCCACAGAAGAACCUGCUAGUGACGAUCAAGACGUCCGUCGUGUCGCCCAUGGCGCAGCAGCUCAAGUUCUGGGUGCGGGGCACCAAGGGGUCUUACAUCAAGUAUCAAAAUCGGAGCACAUGUCCUCAGGAGGAGCAAAUUGCCGAGGGCGUGCAACCUCUCGAUCCUGCUUUCGGUGCCGAGCCGGAGGAGCUCCGUGGCACUCUCACGACCUAUGACGAGUUCGACAGCAGCAUACAGACCUUUGACGAUAAGUCGCAGAGAUACGUUGGCAAGUAUCCAACAAUUAGGGGACGAUGGAUGGGAAUCUACGAGGCUGUUGCCGAUGCCAUCAAUGGGAAAGCCGAAUUGGCUGUUAAGGCAACCGAGUCGCGGGAUGUGCUGAGGAUUAUUGAGCUUGCUCGAGAGUCUCACGAAAAGGGCAUCACUGUGGGGUGGAAAUAGGUUAUCGGUGCAUGAUAUUGAACAGAGAGGUCACAAUAGGAACAUAAGAUAGGCCAUAGAUUCACUUGAAUUGUGGCACAGUCUAGUAAUAAUAGGGCGAGUCUAUGUCCCC